UAGUUCUGCUUCUGAGUGCUGCUAAUCUGAAGACUAAACCACCUCCUCCUCCACCCCAAAAAUUAAACCCUGAAGGCGAGGAGACGAGAAAAUAUGUCGUCUUCUUCUUGCCAUGGGCUUCCGGAUUUAUCUCCGGACUCACUCGUUGCAUCUGGUCGAAGCGCAGAGAAGUUGAGCUUGCCUUCCCUGCAAGCGAAGAUGAAGUGCGACCCUGAGGGCUACGAGUCCGAGUUACUCCUCCUCUACCGCCACUUCGAUUCGUCUCUCCAACUUUUCGAACAACAGGCUGCUCUCAAUUUCACUUCCAUAGGUGGCGUCGGCGGUGACGUCUCCGUUGCCAAGGAUCUCGGUGACAUGGUCAUGUUCCUCGCUCACGUCACUCCUUUCUACCCAAAUCAUCUCUCUCAAUUCCCCAAGCAGCUCGCCGACUUACUCCGCUCUGCGGCUCGUUCACUUCCGUCGUCUCUCCGCUGCCACGUUGUGCAAGCCCUUAUUCUUCUUAUCAACCGUAAGGUUGUUGAUAUUGGAGAUAAUCUUGCUUUAUUCAUGGAACUUCAAACUUUAGGGGACAGGGCUAUAAGAAAACUGGCCUUCUCUCAUGUUGUUCAUAGUAUCAGGCGCAUGAACCAGAAGCAUGAGAAUGAAGCCAACAAUCGGAAACUUCAGAAUAUCCUAUUUGCAAUGCUUCAGCAAGAAGAUGAAUCAAAAGCUAAAAGGUCCCUUACUGUACUCUGUGAUCUUCAUCGGAGAAAGGUCUGGUUUGAUGAUAGGACAGCAAAUGCAAUUUGCACUGCAUCUUUUCAUUCGUCUUCAAGGAUCAUGAUUGCUGCUCUAUCGUUCCUUCUUGGUUUUGAGAAGAUUGAUGCUGAUGACAGUGAAGGCUCAAGCAGUGAAGAUGAUAUGACUUCUGAAAAGCCCCACGUUGUUAUUAGCAGGGAAGAUGUCUACAAGGCUCAUAACAAAGGUACAACUAGAAGCAAGAAAAAAAAGUUAGCAAAACUGAAGCGUGCCACCCGAAGCAUGGAAAGGCAGCAGAGAAUUUCUCAAACCAAAAAUUCAAGUUAUUAUUCACCACUAAGCCAUUUGAAAGAUGCACAGGGAUUUGCGGAGAAGCUGUUUUCUCGUCUUCAAGCUUGCAAUGAACGUUUUGAGGUUAAGAUGAUGAUGUUGAAAGUAAUCGCUCGAACUGUUGGACUUCACCGCUUGAUUUUGUUAAAUUUCUAUCCUUAUCUUCAAAAAUACGUUCAGCCCCAUCAACGUGAUGUCACAGAGUUACUUGCAGCAGCAAUUGAUGCCUGCCAUGAUAUGGUGCCUCCCGAUGCAGUUGAAAUGUUGUUCAGACAAAUAGUAAAUCAAUUUGUACACGAUCGUUCCCGCACAGAGGCAAUUGCUGUGGGAUUGAAUACAGUAAGAGAGAUAUGCCUACGUAUGCCUUUGUUGAUGACAGAAGAAUUGCUGCAAGACCUUGUGUUAUAUAAGAAAUCACAUGAGAAAGCUGUUUCUUCUGCAGCACGUUCUUUGAUUACUUUAUUCAGAGAGAUAUGCCCUUCACUGCUUGUUAAGAAGGACCGAGGGCGCCCUACUGACCCAAAGGCAAGGCCAAAAGCAUUUGGAGAAGUAAAUGUUGUCAGCAAUGUUCCUGGUAUUGAAUUGUUACCACAACAUGGUGGUGGUGAUGAUGAUGAUGAUGAAUCUACAUUCAGUAGCUUUGAUGAUGGUGAGAAAUGUGCUAGUGAUGAUGAACUACACCAGUCAUUUUGUGGGGAUUCUGAGAGUGAGGAUGAUGCCAAUACAGAAACAGAAGAUGAAAAUAAUGAACAAGAAGGUAGCGAUUCUGGGAGUGAGGAUGAUGCCGAUACAGAAACAGAAGAUGAAGAUAAUGAACAAGAAGGUAGCGAUUCUGGGAAUGAUGAUGCUAAUGAUGACUAAGA